CCACCAAAGUCUUCAGUUCAGAGAAAAAUCUUCAAAUUCGUACUAAAAUGUUGCCUGGAAUUUUGUCUGCCGCUCUCCUGACGAUUUUGGUGAAGAACGCUACGGCCAUAACCGACGACCAGAGGGCCCAAAUCCAGGCGAAGUUUCUGCAAGUAGGCGCGGAAUGUCUGAAGGACCAUACUCUAUCUGUAGAUGACAUAUCUGCCUUUAAGAACAAGAAGUUCCCCGACAGCGAGAAUGCUCCAUGUUUCACUGCCUGUAUCUUCAAAAAAGUGGGAAUUAUUGAUGAUGACGGAAACCUAUCACAAUCCAACACACUGGAACACGCGAAGAAAAUCUUUGAAGACGAGGAAGAUCUUAAGACAAUUGAAGAAUUCCUCACUACUUGCGCUAAAGUGAACGAUGAAGAAGUAAGCGACGACGAUAAGAAAUGCGCCCGAUCCAAACUGGCGUACACUUGCCUUAUUGAAAAUGCUGACAAGUUCGGCUUCAACAUUGACUUCUAAAUCAACCAGAGGCGACAGAAUACGAGUACGAAACUGAUAGAACUGGCGACGAACCUGCAUCACCCACCUGGCAUAAAUAUAAUUGGAUUGUGGACAU